UCUGGGUAUUAUUGGAAUGGAAACACGUGUGCAGUAAAUACUCUUUGUUCAAACUCCCUUGGUUCUGUCACCUGUCAGUGUAGUUCUGGAAAUUAUUGGAAUGGUCGUGUUUGUGCAGAUGUGAAUGAGUGUUCUACUGGUGCUCAUAACUGUCAUGGUUCCCUCAAGCGUUGCGUAAACAUCGCCGGGUCCUUCUACUGCCUGUGUGACACUGGUAACGGUUACUCUCAACGUGGAGGUGUACGACUGACUGGAGGAUCAAACACUCUAGAAGGAAUAGUAGAGGUUUAUUACAAUGGCAGUUGGGGUACGGUAUGUGAUGACAUAUGGGACAUGACUCAUGCUCGUGUAGUUUGCAGACAGCUUGGGUUCAGAGGCGCUCACAGUGCUCCCCAAAGUGCUGCAUUUUGUAGAGGAACCGGUACGAUAUGGUUGGAUGAUGUGAGGUGCUUUGGAAACGAAACCAGGAUUCAAGACUGUACCCAUUUGCCGUGGGGGUCACACAACUGUGUCCAUGCAGAAGAUGCUGGAGUUGUUUGUAUUAUAUAAGAAAAAAACAAGGGCGACUUUAAGGAUGGCCGAAGCGCACAACCCUCGCUCGCUUAUUUUUGAGGGAAUAUUUUUCCGAUAAUGGUUGCUUUUGUUCUACCAUACGGUGUGAGCAUGUGCAAUACCGCAACCUUAAUAAAGUUUUCAUGGAUGACGCCUCGCAAAGAUCCGUCGCAUGCAUUGUCUUCAGUUGACGCGAAACUAUAUAGURAAAAGUUUUGAUAAUUGUAAAGAACUUUUCUUCACGUAAAGCUAAAGUGAUCAAAAAAACUUCAGCAAAUUGUUAAGAUAUCUGUUUAAAGAUCUUGUAGGUCAAUAUUGUAUUGUAAAAAAAAACUAGCGAUUUGAGAAACAAGUGACAUUUCGAUGUUUAACAUAACAUCAUUUUCACGCUCAAAGUAAAGUGUGGACGCUUGUGGACGACAGAUAUAUAGAGCUUAUGUAACGUUUAAAAGCACAUUUGUGUUGAAAAGAGCAAAGCAAAUCGAAUUUGAACUAAUACAUGUUUAUCUCAACCUGUACCAAUCACUAUUGUGAAUGAACCUGGAAUAAAUUGCACGUGAAAAAUACAA